ACUUCUAACUUAAACAAAAUGUUAUCUUAGUAUACCUUAUAUUAAAUGAAGUAAGAUUUUUAUUAUAUUUGAGUGUUUAUGUUUUACAGGGAUAUAACAAGUAUAAAGCGUACAUUGCUUCAAUAGGUCCUACAUAUAAAUACAUGGGCGAUAUGUCAGCGUUUUGGAUAAUGGUUUGGCAGGAAAAUGUCGGAAAAAUUGUUAUGUUAACAAACCUUGAGGAAGGCGGGGUACCAAAAUGUGACCAGUAUUGGCCGGAGAAAGAUUUUAGUCUCAUGUUUGCUAACAUACAAGUCACGUGUCAUACUGAAGAGAGCUACGCCGACUAUAUAUUCAGAUCAUUUAGUGUUCAAAAGGAUUCUAUCAAAAGAGAAAUAUUUCAAGUUCAUUUUACUGCUUGGCCAGAUAAAGGAACACCUGAUGACGUCACGAGUUUGAUAGAAUUUCGUCAGAAGGUCAACAGUACUAAGACUAAACUGGAUGGCCCAAUCAUUGUACACUGCAGCGCCGGAAUAGGUAGAACUGGUACGUACAUUGCAUUAGAUAGUAUAACAAAUGAGGGCGAGGCCGAGGGAGCAGUAGAUAUAUACGCAUUUGUAAGGAAUAUGAGAGAACAGAGGGUUAACAUGAUACAAACUGUUGAACAAUACCAAUACCUUCAUAACGCGAUAGUUCACACUCUGACCUUUGACAGUAAAGCUGUUGAUGCCUCCAUGUUUAAUGAAUAUAUGAAGACACACACCGAAGAUCAUCUGGGGAAUAUGUUUGAGAAGCUUCAAGCGUCUAUCGAAAAAAGAUGUGAUACGGAAAGGGAAGCUGUUGAACGAAACAAAACUUUAGUUAAAAUGAACAGAAAUUGUUCCGACAUUCCAGGAGAUCGUAACAGACCUCGGCUAUCCAUUGCUAGAUCUCCAGGAAGUUCAGAUUACAUCAAUGCCAUUUAUGUUAAUAGUUUCAAAAACGUGAAUCGUUUCCUGAUAGCACAAACACCUUUACCAGACACGGUUGAUGACUUUCUUACGUUAAUUGUCCAAGAGAAUGUCUCGUGCGUUAUCAGUAUGGAAACAACGUCGUCAAAAAAUAAAAACGUUGGAAUCUACUGUCCUGACAAUAACCAAACGUUAGUUAAUGGGGCCUUCAUGAUAAAAACUGAACGAGGAAAUAGUACAGACCAAUAUGUGUUAAGGAAGAUGAAAAUAUCCAAUAAAAUUAUAUCUGGGCCUGAGGAGGUUGAAAUAAUGCAUGUUCAGUACACACGAUGGGGUGACAGCAAAAGCACCCCGGAAGAGCCCGUCAAGUUUGUACAGUUUGUUAAAGAUAUGGAACUAAAAUUUAGCGGGACUGACAUAAAGCGACCAAUACUGGUACAUUGCUUGACAGGGGCUAAGAAAAGUGGACUAUUUUGUGCAGUAUCAGUGUUGUUGGAGAAAAUACAAAUUGACCAGGAAGUGAGUGUUGCCAAUACCGUACGACAACUGAAACACAGAAGACAUUUAGCUGUACCGGAUAAGGACCAGUACAUUUUCUGCCAUCAUUGUGUCAACGAGUAUCUACGAACUUUCGAUAUCUACUCAAACUUUGAACUGAAGACAUAGACCUGCCAGUACUGAAAAAAAAUCAUGAUUAUAUUCUGAAGGAUAAAAACAAAAACAUGUUCAUUGUAAAUACGAAUAUAUGUUGUAGUUCAAUUUUAUUAUUAUCUUUUUCUUUUUAUGUGUAACCUUAUGUAUUGUGAGUCCUUGAAUAAGUGGUUAGAAAUGUUCUAACUGAGAUCUGUAAGAAAAUUAGUAACAGAUGUGCUUGAAAAUCUUAUAUAGUAUGUAUGUCCCUCACUCAACGUACAAAAGCGUUCUUCCAUUCUUCCAAUUUCCAAUUUAAUUAAUUCAUAUUUACUUAUCAUUUUGUAGCUUCCUCUCCGGCCAAGAUAUGUUAAAAGAAUGCCAAAUUUUAACAUACAAUGAUAUUGUAUAGUAGACUUCUAUCAAGGUUGUUCGAAGUAUGUCUCUAGUACCAAAAUUGCCUCUGCCCCGGGGGUCAGAGGUUUUGCUUAUAUGUAAAAGUUAAAAAAUAUUCUCCUCUUAAAUGACAAAGCUUGAGAUUAGAUAUUUGGCAUGAAACAUUGUGUUGGUGACCCCUACCAAGUGUGUUCAAAUUAUAGCCAAGGGUCAAAAUCUGCCCUGUCCCGGGCAUAUGUGAACAUAUAGUAAACUCUUAAAGGAAAAUUAACUCUGAAGUUUCUUAGGCUAGAGCUAAGAUAUUUGGCAUAAACCAUUGUGAAACUCUAAUACACUUGCUCAAAUUAUGGCCCAAGGGUCAAAGUAAUCCCAAUCCUGGGGGUCACGAGUAUUCUUUACAUACAUUAAACAAAAACUUAAGAAAAUGUAUUGUUUUUUAAAAAACGGAGAAAGCUAGAGCUUAGAUAUUUGAUUUGAACAUUGUCUGGUAGACCUGUAUCAUGGUUGUUUAAAUUAAAGCCUUGGGGGAUGAAAUUUGCCCUGCCCAAGGGAACACACUGACCUACUUUUUUAUUAUUUGAUAUGCAUCUAUGAAAUUUGGACCAUGUGCACUGUUUCAGAUGUAGAAUUGAACUUUGAUAUCCGCUGACCUAGAUUUUGACCAAGUGAUCUACUUUUUUGUACUUUAAUUUAGAGACCAUGUGCACCGUUUUAAAUUGAAACAGCUGAUCUAGAUUUUGACCUAGUUACCUACUUUCUUGUUUCUUUCACUUACAGAUUUGACAAUUUGACCAUGUUCACAGUUUCGCGUGUAAAAAUAUAAUCUAAUUUCAGAUAACCUAAAUAUUGACUUUGUGAUUUACUUUCUUGUUUUUGAUGUACAGCUAUGAAAUUAGGACCAUGUACUAGUAUAUGGUAAAAAAUUUGGAAACACAUUUUGCAAUAAGUAUGGUCAAGUGACCAACAUCGUUCAAAUUCUUGUAAUAAACACUAGAUGUCACUGCUUGUCUGUCCUUAGGGUCAGAGGUCCCUUUGUUUAUAUUCGAAUUCUUUACUGCUUCUAUAAAUGAUAUAUUCAGAA